AGUGGGGGAGGGUGAGCAAAGAAAAAGCGAGAAAGAAUGAUGGAAUGGUGAGGAGAAGAUAGAGUUAAACUAGCUGGAAGGGGAAGGAAUAGUGAUACGAAUACGAAUACGAAUACGAAUACAAAGUACCUGAAGAAAAGGGGAAAAGGAGAGAUGCGAACGAAAAGUGCGCGAUCGUGACGAAACUUACGCGCUGUCCGACUUGGAGAGAAGAGAGGAUCGGAUUGUGAAGAAACGCCAUCAACGAUUAGCAAACGACAUUGAAUCUCGACCAUUCUACCAAUUUGCUGUCGAGGAAUGUAGGCGACGAAAGUACGGACCAGAACAAUAAUAUAACUAUGACGAGUGAGGAUUUGUUACAGCCUGGCCAUGUGGUCAAAGAACGCUGGAAAGUUGUUAGAAAAAUAGGAGGCGGUGGAUUCGGUGAGAUUUAUGAAGGCCUAGAUUUAAUGACGAGGGAACAAGUCGCGUUGAAAGUUGAAUCCGCGCGUCAACCAAAGCAGGUUCUUAAGAUGGAAGUCGCAGUAUUAAAAAAACUUCAGGGAAGAGAACACGUGUGCCGUUUCAUCGGUUGCGGUCGCAACGAUCGAUUUAAUUAUGUUGUGAUGCAGUUACAAGGCAAAAAUCUUGCAGAGUUACGUCGUGCUCAACCACGAGGUGCUUUUUCCCUCUCCACUACUCUUCGUUUAGGGGUUCAAAUUCUCAGGGCGAUAGAAAGUAUACAUCAAGUAGGCUUUCUUCACAGAGACAUCAAGCCGUCAAAUUUUUCAAUCGGACGACUUCCGCAGAAUUCGAGGCUAGUAUACAUGUUAGACUUUGGUCUAGCUCGUCAAUUUACGACAGGCACCGGUGAAGUUCGGCCACCUCGCAGUGCAGCAGGAUUCAGGGGUACCGUCCGGUAUGCGUCCGUGAAUGCGCACAAAAACAAAGAAAUGGGCAGGCACGAUGAUUUGUGGUCGCUAUUUUAUAUGCUAGUAGAAUUUGUCAACGGACAACUUCCGUGGCGGAAAAUAAAGGAUAAGGAGCAGGUGGGUCUCAUGAAAGAGAAGUACGAUCAUCGCUUACUCUUGAAACAUCUUCCAUCGGAUCUUCGAGUUUUUUUGGAACACAUUCAGAGUUUGGAAUACGCGGAUAAACCGGACUAUGCGAUGCUAGCUGGCUUAUUCGAACGGUGCAUGAAACGUAGGGGCGUGAAAACGAACGACCCUUACGAUUGGGAAAGACCAUUGAUGGCCAACGAAAGUUUACCAACUACGAGAUCUUUGCCUACGGUUACCGUACCUCCGGUCUUGACCACAGCGACCACAAUCAAUCAACCACCGACUACACCAAACGUUGACACAAACAAUCAAGAAAACGUCGAACCCGACAACAGAAAGGAGUUAGAUGCACAAAUGGAUUACGAAAGCAUGUGCAGGAGAAAUAAACAACGCGGGGUGGAAGGAUCUGCGGUGCCGUUUACGUCAGCUAUCAGCAAUCACGGUCGAGAUAAGAACUGUAACGCUACGAUACCUACGAUGGACAAUACUCAUCAGCAAACAGGACAGCAAACUGUUCUUCCGCCGACGGCUCAAGGUUCACCGAAAAAGCGGCGUGCCGUUUCGAUGGCUGCAGAACCACAAACGGGUGUGGUGACAUCGGAAAAGCCGGUCGACAACGAAGGAGACGCAUUGAUGGCGUCUGCUCGUUCCGCUUCCGAAGUUCCCCGCAAUAAAAUUGGCGCGAAUGCUGCAGCGCCGUUAAGAAAAUCAGCCAGCGGCGCAACAUUCGCUCGAUUACGGGUAACGCCUGCUCCGGACACGACACCUGGUGAACCACCUAGUCCUCGAGUGCAGACCGAAGUCGACGCUUCGUAUUGUUCCUACGACGUUACCAAUCAAAAAUACGUUGGCAAUCAAAGCCCUGUCACGGAACAAAGAGAACCACUGAAAAGAGAACCACGAAGAAGGACAGACGGCCGGCAGCAAGCAAGAGCUAGCCGUGCUGCGAUAAAAGACUGCUCCAUCACCCAAUUUGCGCAGAUAGAUGACGACAACGUAUCGGCGUUGCAACAAGUAACCAAAGGCGGUGGUGGCUUGACAUUGGCCUCUCAGUGGAAAUCGCAGUUCGAUGACUCCGAAGAGACCGACAACGAAUGGAAAGGAGAAAAUUUACAGAGCCCCGAGCACAAAGGUGCCAACUUGCCAGCUAUAGUUCCACAGUCGACAGUUGUCAGUGAUGCUGUGACUACCGCAUCUUCAGUGCCUGCUUCUAUCGACGCGAAAACAGUGGUGGUUCAGUCUGCCGCGUCGGUUGUGUCUCAUCAGCAUUCACUAAUACCGACCGCCCUAUCUCGAAUAAGCGAAGAUUCUCCAAAACCUACGGCUCUUCACAGAUGUUUAAACAUUGCCGGUAUCGAGAAAUAUCCAGAACUUCAGGGAGCACUGCCACGCGCAUGGAGCGUUCCAGCGUUGGCGCCGCAUGUUCGUGGUUAUCUCGAAGCACCGUUGGUUCAACAAGCGGCGUUCGACGAUUUGUUGUACGAAGUCGAUGUCAUGAGAAAUAUCGCUACGCGUUACGAUGAACCGAGACAAAGUCCUCCGCCACGGCGAGCAAGCGUACCAGCGGUUGCUUUCUCACCGCCUAACACGAUGCCUAGUACGCCCGGGGGGGAAGAAGAAGAAGAAGCAGUAGCAGGAAGGUUGGAGAUAAGGGUAGUCGAUGCGACAGGUGGCGCUACCGUUGUUCAAACCACCGCUGAUAGAGAACCGUUACAAAGAAAAAUGACAAACGGUACAGCGGAUAGUCUAGCUAGUCCUAAUCCAGGACCGGAGGAACCAUCGAUAUACGAUGAUGCCAUUGAAAAUCGGGUAGCCGUCGAUGCUGCCGUGCAUAAGGAGAACAGUACUAUCACUGCCUCGACCACUAUACCGAAUAUAGUACAGCUUCGUGAAUUUAAGGACAAUAAAGAAAAGGAAACUCCGUGUAGGACCUAUAACACUGUCAGUAAAAUACCGAUUCCGGUUAAAAGUCCUAGAUGUUCGCUAUCAGAGUCCACUCCAGAAACGAAUACUCAGAAUACCAGGACAUGCUUGGGAAACGAAAUAGAAAAAUCGUCCACACCCGCGGCUAUAACCAGGGAAAAAGAUGCUACUAUCAAAGGCAAACCCUUGACAGUGCAUUGGGAGGCCCGGGAACUACGACGCUGCGCAACUUUGCCUGACGCACGACCGACCUUUUCACCUCUAAUGUCGGCUAACUUGACGGAAGAUGAGAAUUUAACUGGAUGCACUCCUGCAUUACGUCGCCGAAGACAAAGCGAGAAAUACGUAACGGAUGCUAGUCAACUAAAUUUACGGUUCCAAAGACCGCAACACAGAAUCAGGCCGAAUUCCGAAGUACUGUCCAGAUGUUCUCCUAGAGGCGUGCCUUCGCAUCUAUUGGGAGAAGCCGCUAAACGAACCGAAGAGAGCAGCGAUAACGAUUCCGAUAGCAGUAGCCCGCCGAAUGCUCAACCUCCGCCACCUCCCACCUCCUUGCCGCCUCAUGUUGCAGAAAAUAAUGCUAGAUGCCGUAGAUUUCGACCCAUACCAGAUACAACAAUAGCUAGCAGAGAAUCGUGAGGUACGCCACUUAUGGAAAGGAAACCAAGUGUUUGUUUAGAUUACGAUCAUCACAGCUUCGUAAUCUGCUCGUUCGAUACUUACUACUUCUUUCUACGUAGGUGAAAGAAAGUAUCAGUUUAUCGGCGAUCAAGUGUAAACCAUAUAAAACUUGUUGAAACUUUCAAACUUAUCAAAAACCUUGAUACGUGGGGAACCUUUGUUUUCUUGAAUAGAGCAAUUUCGAUUGUUCAAAGAUAUUACAGAUUUAGGAAAAGUUACUACGACUUUAUAAUUACGAUACAUUUUCAUCAUUUUUCUGCAUAUUGUAUUUUAGAAAUAUUUCCGAUCCAGUCCAUUCGUCCGCUUAUUAUUUAUUUUCGUUACAAAACUAUCGUAAAGCGAUGGUCACAUAAAUUGAUGGUACUUGAAAGAUUACACUUUCUAAUCUAUAAACGAUAUGCGUUUGUUGAUCCGACAAAUAUUGAUGCGUAAAUCGUGUACGUUAACAAUUGCAGCUACGAUACACAAUUGAGGCGGCUCGGUUGUAGAAUAAUUGUCAGGGAGGUUUUGUUUAUAGCAAGAAAGUUUUUAGUAUGUUUUCGUUUGUUUCUUCUUCCUCUUCUUCUUUCAUUUUUUGUCAAUCGAUUAUGAUGUUAUCUUCGUCGGUUACUCGCUCAAUCGAAGUAGAGCAAUUUCGUAUACAAAUUCAAAUUGUCGACAAUAGAUAUUGUAUUCCAUUUAGAGUUUUGAACACGAGUCAUAGGCGAGAAUUAUCUUUAAUCGGAGUGCUCGAAUAAAUAGAUCUCUUUGAAAAACCACCGUCAUAGUUGAGAAAUAUUGUUCAGCAACAAUAUCAGCAAUGGCAACGACGAAAGUCGUAACGAUAAAAGCAACAGUUGCAUUAUUAACGGUAAAUCACGUAUCGCGUGAUAGGGAAUCGCUUGUAUUAAAGCGACGAGAGAAAAAAGAAAAGAUGAAUCCAGUUAAAAUGAGAAAAUACGUUUUAUUUACGCGUGCAACUCUCCAAUCGAUUUAAGACGUUUAUUGUCAUCGAGUUCUAUGCGACGAAACAAGGUGCGAAUGAAUAAGUACUUGAAAAAGUUCUAGUUAGGUAAUAUAUUGUAUAAUUAACGCGUAUCUGUCUUGCACUUACCGGUAACGUGAUUUUUCCAAACAGUUACGAAUCCGCAGUCGAAAGAAAACCUAGUGAUGCAUAAAACUAGUCAAAUAGAAUCCUUUAGUAUUCUAUUAUCGAAACCAAAUUUCCGCAUAGAGUUAUACAUAUUGUACUUGUACAAAGUAGUUAAGGUUUUAUUUUGUGCAAUGGUCGAAAAUAACAUUAACGAUGCGAUGAAAUAGCUUUAAGUCGGAGUCGGAAAAUUUAUUUUGCGACAUAAAAUAUGUGCAAACUAUCCGAACGAAAAAUACCAAAUUACCGUAAAUAUAUGAGCAACUGUACGGAUUGGUAUGAAUGAGUCCAUAAGAUUGGUAUGAAUUUCUGUACGUAUAUACGCUUUCCCGUAUAUUCCUACACGAUCCUCGAACGCUCGUUUGAGAUUACGCAAAACUUUAUGUGCAAACAUACAUAAAUUAUAAAGCUAUUAUGAAAAAGUGAAAACAAUGAACAUUGUGUAAAUCGAUAAUGGAUCUGUAAUCGAAGAUCAUAUGUACGUUUGAAUGUAAACAAACACGCAUAAUACAGCUCAUUGGACGUAUCUCUUA